AUGGGGUCUCUUAGGGACUUAAAAGAUAUGUUUUUUAGCAUCAACAACCCAGAUUUGGUAACUCAGACAACAAUGGUGGUCGCCUGUGCAAAGUUAGGAGAUAUCAAAUUCACACGCCAACAGUUUGAAAUAACGCUCGACCGAGAUGUGAUUGCCUGGAACGCAAUGAAAGCAGGGUACGUGCGUUUCGGGGAGCCUUUAAACGGACUCGAACUGUUUAACGCAAUGGAAAUGAAAGGUUUGAAGGUUAAUGUAUUAUCUGCAUGCACUCGGUUAAGUGCUUUAGAUGCGGGACAACCGGCAUAUAGAUAUAUAAAGUAUAAAAAAUUACAAAUCAACACAACUCUUGGUAGUGCACUAGUCCACAUGUACGCAAAGUGUGGGGGUAUUAAGACGGCAAUGAAUGUUUUUUGGGUGAUGAAAGAAAAGAAUGUGUACACAUGGAGUGGUGCCAUGGGAGGACUAGCCAUGCAUGGUUAUGGUAAAGAGUAUCUGGACCUUUUUACCCUUAUGCAACAAGAAAACAUCACACCAAAUGAGGUCACUUUCCUUUCAAUCUUAAAGGCUUGUAGUGUAGCGUGUCUUGUUGAAGACGGUUGGAAGCAUUCUAAAUGUAUGACCAAAGAGUAG